ACUAAGCUCAUUUCAAUUUUAUUUUACCAUUUUUUUAAAAGCAGCAUCUAAAAAAAAUAAAUAAUAUUUAAUAUUAAUUUUUUUCAACAGUGAUUUUAACAUAAACAAUGCCAAUAUUCUCUCACUUAACUGGAUAUAGAGUAAACUUAGCUCUUUUACAAGAAAAUGCUAACAAAGACUUUAUUGAACUUUUGGAGAGAGCUGAAGGCUCCAAAGCUAUUGUUUUAGAUCUGGAAAAUAAUAUCGAUUGUCUGAUGAGUUUGAUGAUAGAAUCAGCUUUACUUAAACAGCAGCAGGUGAUAAAGCAAAUUCCAAUUCGGUCUGGACCUUUGCCAUAUUUAGAUGUUAAAAAUAUUAUAUUUAUAACGAGACCAGAAGUUAAGAUGAUGGAUUAUAUAGCUGAAAAUUUGUUAAGCGAAAAUAGUGAUGAUCGCAAAUAUAGGGGAUCUCGUAAAGACUAUUAUUUGUAUUUUCUUCCUAGACGUUCCGAAUUUUGCGAAAAGCGAUUAAUAAAUAAGGAUGUUUAUGGCACGUUUACACAUGUUGGUGAAUUGAGUUGGGAAUUUUUCCCUCUAGACAAAGAUUUAAUAUCUAUGGAACAAAAAUAUGCAUUUCGCGAUUUACUUAUUGACGAAGAUCCUACAUGUUUAUACGAAGCUGCUCUAGGUCUUGUAAAUUUACAAAAGGUUUACGGAAGAAUACCAAAAAUAUAUGGAAAAGGUAACUAUGCAGAAAAAGUUUGGGAAUACGCAAAAACUUUAGGGCGAGAAGAAAAAUCAAUGUUCAACUCCGAUAAAGGUUCAAUAGAUCAAAUGAUUAUAUUUGAUCGAACAAUUGAUAUAAUGAGUGUAUUAGCCACUCAAUUAACUUAUGAAGGAUUAAUUGAUGAAAAUUAUGAUAUUAAGCAAGGUGUCAUCCGUUUACCCAUGGAAAAAUUUUCAAAAUCUAACGAAGGACGAUUUCAGGCAGUUAAUCAAGAUGAAAAAAUAGUUGUUUUGAAUUCCGCAGAGGAAUUAUUUUCUGAUUUAAGAGAUAAAAAUUUUAAUGCAAUUGGUUUAAUACUUUCUGAGCAGGCAAAGCUAAUCAGUAAACAAUUAGAACAAAAACAGAAUGAUAAAUCAAUUCAAGAAAUGAAAGAGUUUGUUGAAAAAUUACCAUAUAUGAUGGCAAAAAAACAAUCAGUUGCUAUUCACACAACGCUGGGUGAAAUGAUAAAAGAUAUAGCUGAUUCAAGUGAUUUCUUAGAUGAUUUAACGGUCGAACAAGAAUUUAUGAGCUGUAUCAAUACAGAUAAGACAAGCAGUUAUAUUGAAGAUCUUAUUGCAAAGAAAGCCGAUAUUAGAAGAGUAAUUCGUUUAAUAUGCAUGCAAUGUGUUGCUUCAUCUGGAUUUAAACCAAAGAUUUUUGACUACUAUAAAAGAGAACUCGUUCAAGUGUAUGGAAUUAAUACUCUUUUGACUCUUAGUAAUUUACAAAAAGCCGGACUUUUUAAACUACAGGGUGAAACUAGGCCUUACGCAGUUUUAAAAAAGACUUUAAACUUAACCGUUGAAGAGGUCAAAGAAGUUGAACCAAUGGAUAUAAGUUAUGUUCAUAGUUUUUAUGCACCAUUGACAAUUCGAAUUGUAGAGCAAAUUUUAAAAUCUAAUGGAUGGCAUUCAGUUAAAAAUGUUCUCAAUAUAUUACCAUGUGCAUCUUUUGAAGAUUUUCAAGCUCCUCUAAUAGGAAUUGGUGGCCGAAGAGCAUCAUAUACUAGUGAAAAAUCACUAUCAGAUUCUCCGAGAAUAAUUUUAGUAUUUUUUGUAGGAGGUUGUACAUUUGCUGAAAUAGCUGCAUUAAGAUUUUUAUCAAAAGAUAAAGAAGCUAAUGUUGAAUUUGUAAUAGCAACAACUAAAAUAAUUAAUAAAAAUACAUUCCUUGAUUCUUUUAUAGAGAAAAUAUAAAAAAAAAAAUAUUCUGUAUUAAAUAUUUUAGCUUAAAAAAAUUUAUAAUGUUUAGAGUAAAUUAUAUUAUUAUAUGUAUAUAUGCAUAAUGUUAAAUUAUUUUCUAAAGAUUUCUUAAAAUAAAUAUUUCGCAUUUAUUAAAAAAAAAAAAAA